AUUAUAACUCUUGUCCUCAUUAACUGGUACGAAUGAAAUGAAAUGAAAUCGAUUAUGGGUUCACCGACAAUGGGUAAAGGAAGCAACUGUGUUAUCGUUAAUAACUAUGAUUACUCUUUUAAGAUACUUCUGAUUGGGGAUUCCGGGGUAGGCAAGAGCAGUCUUCUUCUCACUUUUGUCUCUACCACUCAUUCUCUUCAAGACCUCAGUCCCACAGUUGGUGUAGAUUUCAAAAUGAGGCAGCUAACUGUUGCUGGAAAGAAACUGAAACUUACAUUUUGGGACACAGCUGGGCAAGAACGGUUUGGAACGCUAGUAGGCUCUUAUUACAGAGGUGCUCAUGCAAUAAUUCUUGUGUAUGAUGUAACACGACGUGAAACCUUCACAAACUUGUCAAAGAUAUGGGCAAAGGAAGCUGACAAGGCAUGCGCAAAUCAGGAAUGUGUCAAGAUCCUUGUAGGUAAUAAAGUUGACAUGGACAGUGAAAGGAGGGUAAGCAGGAAAGAAGGGAUGUCUCUAGCAGAGGAGCAUAAAUGUUUAUUUUUUGAAUGUAGUGCAAAAACUAGGGAUAAAGUUGAUGAAUGCUUUAGACAGCUAAUAUUCAAGAUACUGGAGAAACCUAGUCUAUUGGAGAAAGGAUCUGUAACUGUUAAGAGACAGAUUUGGAGCCAAAAGCAGGUGCACCAUGAAAGAGGAUGUUGCUCUUAGGAUGAAAUUAGCAAGAUAGAUUCUUGAGAAGGAAGAUGAGUUGUGGAAAUAAUAGUGUAUCAUGGAUAUAUGUUUGUGUGUAUGUCUACAGGGAAAAACUAUGUUUGGUUCAUUUACUCAAGUUGGGAGGAUGAAAUAAGGUUAUAAAUCUUUUAUGUUAUAAAUCUUUUAUGUUGAAUUCGUCCCCUUAGACUCUUGACCUCGUACUUAUAUGAUUGACAUAAAUAUUGAGUUUACAAAU